GAGCGGAUCUUUCAUUUUUCGGAUAGGAGAAGCGGAUCUUUCGUUCUUCUUCAGAUAGGAAAAGCAGAGCGAUCUUUCUUUAUUCAGAUAGGAGAUAAGUCUUCUUUAGGGAUAGGAGGUAAGUCUUCUUUGGAGGACUCUUGGGAUUUCUUUGAGAUAGGAGGUAAAUUUCUUUGGGCUCUUUGGGGAGGUAAGUCUUCUUUGAGGGCUAUUUGGAUUUCUUUAGGAGGUAAGUCUUCUUUGAGAGGUAAGUCUUCUUUGGAGGCUCUUUGGAUUUCUUUGGGAGGUAAGUCUUCUUUGAGGGAGCGGAUCUUUUGUUAUUCUUCGGAUAGGAG